UGAUCAUUUCAUAACAUUGCUAGCAUCAGUCUAGUACAGUACAGUAGCACAACUUCACCCACUACUACACUACACUAUUUAUAUUUCAGCUGCUGACUAGUAAUUGGUUCAAUUGGAUAAAGCACAAUGGACCCAUACAUGGCUCUAUACGUUCAAACUCUGAAUCGUUUUUUGAAGAGACUUAAAACUCUUUUCAGAACAGAAGCCGCGGAAUCAAACGAGGCGCAACGCGGACAAAUAAUACAAGCGUACGUGGCAAGCGGAGGAAAUUCCGCGGAACUAGACGAGUUAGUAAAAAUGUCCGAGAUAUUCACAAAUAUGCAGGGGACAAUCGAGUCGAAUGUACAAAGAUGUGAUCAAAUUUUCAACACCAUUAAACUACUCUUCCCCAUGGAAAACUGGGAUGAUGAUGAAGAGCCUGAUGGUGAAAACAAUAAUAAUGGUGAAAACAAUGAUAAUGGUGAAACUAUUGAUAAUAGUGAAAUCUAUAAUGAUAUUGGAAACAAUGAUGUUGGAAACAUUGAUGUUGGAAACAAUGAUGUUGCAAACAUUGAUGUUGGAAUCAUUGAUGUUGAAAACAUUGAUGUUGUAAACAUUGAUGUUGGAAAUAAUGAUGUUGCAAACAUUGAUGUUGGAAUCAUUGAUGUUGAAAACAAUGAUGUUGAAAACAAUGAUGUUGAAAACAAUGAUGUUGAAAACAAUGAUGUUGAAAACAAUGAUGUUGAAAACAAUGAUGUUGAAAACUAAUAAUGUUGAAAACAGCUGAUAUGUUGUAUAAAUUUGUUAAUAAAUAAAUUUAAUUAAACAAUGUUAUUUUCAUCUAAGGAGCUGUACUAACAACAAAUUAUAA